AUGAGGCAGGUUACUCAUCGACCGCAAUAUCCCGACCGCGAAGAUUUGCGAUAUCGAGAGAGACCGGAACCAGACCGAAGACAUCCUGGCUAUCCACCGCCUAGUCUUCUGGCUAAAGAUCUCGUCCUUCAUCUGAUAGCACUAAAUACACCGAUGAGCGGCAAUAUGCGUGGCGUCCGAGGAGCUGAUUUGGCAUGCUAUCAGCAGGCACGACAGGCCAAUUUCCGCACCACUUUCCGGGCAUUCCUUUCGUCGCACGUUCAGGUAGUACAAGCUCAGAAUUAA